AGGAGCUGGUGUGUUCGUCGCCCUGCAUCCACGAGGGACGGUGGGGCGCGCGGGGAGCGGCGCCGGGCGGCGGGGGGACCUCUGGGUCAGUGUCGGGCCUGCGAGCGCUGUUCCGCGGCGGCUUCUCGCGGGCUCCCGCCGCUUGUGGUCUCGUCUGCGGUCUGAGCUGCUGCGCGGAGGCGCGGGGCCGCAGCUGCGCGAGGAGCGCGUCGGUGCGUCACCUUCCUGCUGGUCAGCGCCGGUCUGCCUGCCGGCAGGUGCGGUCUUGCAAAGCUUCGGGUUUGAAAGCUUUGCUGUGGGUUGGUGGCUUUCAAGGACGUGUACUUUGGGAGACCGGUGUUGGAAAUUAACAUCUCUUCUAGCUUUUACAUUAUUUAAAUACAGUAGUGUCAUUGGACUAAAAUGUUCCUGAUGUCAACCUCUUCAGAGUUAAACAGUGGGCAGAACUUCUUAACCCAGUGGAUGACCAGUCCUUCUAGGGCUGGGGUCAUAUUAAAUCGUGGAUUUCCUAUUUUGGAAGCAGAGGAAGAGAAGCGAGCAAAUGUGAACAUUUCUACCAACUCUCCUAUUAAACCCACAGAUUUUUCAAAUAGCUUCAGCUUUAUAAGUGAAGAAGAUUCACUUCAUGAAGAACAGAAGUUGGAGCCCAACAGCCCUUAUAAGUUACAAACAGAUAAAUCUGAAACACAGAGAGUCUUUCCUUCAACUAAAGAGGGAACACAAAUAGUGGCAUGUGAGCAUGCUCCUGGACACUGGGAAGAUAACAAAAAUGACUUUAUUUCAGAUCCUGGGAGUGAAUUCAAAGAAGUGGCUUAUAAAGACCCACUUUUUAAGAAGCUUGAACAGCUGAAAGAAGUACAACAGAAGAAGCAGGAACAACUGAAGAGGCAACAGUUAGAGCAACUGCAAAGGCUCAUGGAGGAACAGGAGAAGCUGCUCGCCAUGGUGUCUGGGCAGCAUACACUCCCAGGUUUAACUCUAGUGCCUGAUGACCAGAGCCAGAAGUACAGAUCUCCAGGAAAUUCAGCCACUGUAGAGAAACCCACGCCCUUCUUACCAUCAUAUAUCUACCAGAAUCAAACCCAAGAAAAAAAACACACUUCCAACAUUUUAUCCGAUGAACAAAACAACUUCCGUAGAACUACGCAUCAAGAUGUUGUCUUAACUUCAAAAAGUGGUGCUUCUCCCAAUUUGUUUUAUGAGGCUCAAUAUCAAGAAGCACUUGUGAAAAAAAAUGAUUUGAAGGAAGAGAACCAUAACCAUCCUAAAGGAGAAGGUAUUUUACCAUGUUCGGAGAAAAUGACGGAAGAGAUUCAGGAAGGGAACGAUACGAACUUAAAAAAAAUUGGUGAUUCCUCAGAAGUGGUUAAUAUUGAAGAAAGGCCUAUUAAAGCUGCUAUUAGAGAAAGGAAACAAACCUUUGAAGACUACUUAGAAGAACAAAUUCGGUUGGAAGAACAAGAACUGAAACAAAAACAGCUAAGGGAAGCAGAAGGAUCCUUGCUAAUCAAAGCAAAACCAAAACAACCAUUCUUAAAACGAGGAGAAGGUUUAGCUAGAUUUACUAAUGCUAAAUCUAAGUUUCAGAAGGGGAGAGAAAGUAAACUAGUCACUACUCAGAGCAUUUCAGAGGACAAACCUGUGUUUAAAUUAGAUAAGCAACAAUUCCAGCGGAAAACUGCUCUCAUAAGUAAAGAACUGUGUACAGAGAACCUUCCUGUCAAAAAGAACAGUAAAACCAGAACAAAGAGUGGUUGUGUCACACUCAGUCAGAAGCCGAAAGUGCUUAAGGGUAACAAUAGGAAAAGUCUCUCUCCAGCAGGAUUGAAGAUACUGGCAGGGAAGAAAUGUGACGGGCAAUUUAGAGGUCAGAUCAAUUUAGAAAAAAAGGUAGAAUCUAAUAAUAAAGAAAAUGUACCCGAGUGUACAAAACCUUGUGACGUUGGUUGCAAAAUCUGGAAUAAGACACAAGGUAAAGACAGACUUCCCCUUUCGACAGGGCUGGCCAGCUGCGUGGCUUCUAAGAGCCCAGUAAGUGAGACUUUGAAAGAGUCAGAAUCUUCUCUUGACAUUUCUCUAGAGAAAAAGUUAGAGAAUUGGGAACGAGAAAAGGAAAAGGAAAAUUUGGAAUUAGAUGAAUUUUUGUUUUUAGAACAAGCUGCUGAUGAAAUAUCAUUUUCUAGUAAUUCCUCAUUUGUACUGAAGAUCUUAGAGAGGGACCAACAGAUCUGCAGAGGUCACCGGCUGUCUUCUACUCCUGUCAAAGCUGUGCAGCAAGAGAAGACACCACCACCAGGUCCCAUUAGUGAGUGCAAGCAAAAUGAGGGUCCAGACCGUACCAAGUGUGAAAGUCAGGCUGAGUGUGAGCUUGCACCCCAGCGGCCUGAUUCAGUGUCCUCACCUGAUGGACCGCAGGAGCAGUCCUGUAAGGUCAGUAGGAAAGUGUUCCAAAUGAGCACUUGUGAAAGUCCAACUAGGUGGAAUGCAAGCGAUGACGGAGGUGGUACAGACAGUGGUGAUAGCACUGAUUCUGAGGAACAGCUUGAUGUCACCAUAAAACCAUCAACUGAGGAUAAAGAGAGGGGUUUCAGCAGCAGAGAAGAUAGUCCACAAGUCUGUGAUGGGAGGGGACCUUUAAGGGACACCAGGACUCAAGAAGAAGAUAAGAGGAGAGAUGUUGAUUUAGAUUUGUCUGAUAAAGAUUACAGUAGUGACGAGUCUAUCAUAAUAACAAGCUUGAAAAAUAAAGCUUCUGAUUCCUCAAGAGGACACCCAUCUAUGAGUAAAAUUGACUUUGAUGAUGAAAGAACUUGGACUGACCUUGAAGAUGAUUCAUUUAAACAUGAUGUUAUUCUUGGGAAUGAAGCCAUUUAUGGGAUUCCCCAGACAACCUACCCUAAUAAGAGUGAAAUAUGUGUACUGGACAAAACAAUAAAAAGGAAGGUUGCACCGGUCAAGAAGGGAGAAGGCUUGAAUAAAUCCAGUAGGAGCACAAGUCCUCCUCCUACCUCGGAUCUGAUGAUGAAAUUCUUCCCUUCUUUGAAACCAAAAUCAAAAUCAGAUUCACGCUUGGGAAAUGAACCCAAGUUAAACAUAAAUCAAGACCAACCACCUGGUGACAACGCUCGAUCUCAAGUUUUGAGAGAGAAAGUUACUGAAUUGGAGACAGAAAUAGAAAAAUUUAAAGCUGAGAACACAUCUUUAGCUAAACUUCGCAUUGAACGAGAAAGUGCCUUGGAAAAACUCAGGAAAGAAAUUGCUGACUUUGAGCAACAGAAAGCAAAAGAAUUGGCUCGAGUAGAGGAGUUUAAAAAGGAGGAAAUGAGGAAAUUACAAAAGGAACGCAAAGUUUUUGAAAAGUAUUCUACAGUUGCGAGAACUUUUCCGGAUAAAAAAGAACGUGAAGAAAUACAAGCUUUGAAGCAGCAGAUAGCAGAUUUACAGGAAGAUUUGAAAAGAAAGGAAGCAAAAUGGUCCAGUACACAUGGCCGCCUUAGAAGCCAGAUAGAAAUGUUGGUCAAAGAGAACACAGACCUCCGGGAGGAAAUAAAAGUGAUGGAACGAUUCCGACUAGAUGCCUGGAAGAAAGCCGAAGCCACUGAGAGCAGCACCAGGAUGGGUCAGUGUGUGACGGCCUCGAGAAGAGACGGGUCCACGAAGUCAUCAGUUCGAUUUCAAAAGAGUCAAGUUUCUUCAGGAACCCAGGUAGAAAAGUACAAAAAAAACUAUUUGCCAACACAAGGCAAUCCAUCUCGAAGAUCCAAGUCUGUGUCUCGUGAUUUAGGAAAUUCGGAUAAGGGCCAAACAGCCUCACCCAGGGAGCCACCUGAACCAGUGAACUCUCCAGAUCCUGAAUGUAAAGAAGAGGAUGAAAAAGAAGAAAAAGAAGAAAUUCAGGGAGAAAUCAGCCAUCCUGAUGGAAAGAUAGAAAAGGUUUAUAAGAAUGGGUGCCAUGUUAUAUUGUUUCCAAAUGGAACCCGAAAAGAAGCGAGUGCAGAUGGAAAGACGGUCACUGUCACUUUCUUCAACGGUGACAUCAAGCAGGUCACGCCGGAUGGGAGAGUGAUCUACUACUACGCAGCCACACACACCACCCACACCACGUACCCAGAAGGACUGGAAGUCUUACAUUUCUCCAGCGGACAGAUAGAAAAACAUUUCCCAGAUGGAAGAAAAGAAAUCACGUUUCCUGAUCAGACUAUCAAAAACUUGUUUGCUGAUGGGCAAGAAGAAAGCAUUUUCCCAGAUGGUACAAUUGUCAGAGGGCAACGAGAUGGCAACAAAAUCAUAGAGUUUAAUAAUGGCCAAAGAGAACUACAUACGGCCCAGUUCAAGAGACGGGAGUAUCCAGAUGGCACUGUUAAAACUGUGUAUACAAACGGUCUUCAAGAAACCAAAUAUUCAUCUGGUCGAGUAAGAGUUAAAGACAAGGAUGGUAAUGUUCUAAUGGACACAAAACUGUCAUGAUCCUUGUGUAUGGCUCAUCAUGAAAUAACACUAACUUGAUUUUCUUCUUUAAAAAAUGUACAUUUCUUGUGGAUUCUGUGGUUUAAUUUAUAUAUACUGUGUGUGUGUGUAUAUAUAUAAAUGGAAAAGAUUGUUUGGAAUAUAAAAUAAAACUUGAUGCCUUUUUUAAUAAUGUUUGAAAUGCACAGGGACAGCUUUCAUUUUUAGUUCACCUACCUUGUCUUUCUACGGUUCUAACCAGUAUAGACUUUUAACAAGUGGAUGCUUUCAUUGGUUGGAGAUGGUUAUGAGAGCCAAGAAGUACAAGAAACACAGUAUCACAGAUUUUCCCACCACCUACCAGUCCUAUGAAGGUCUUGCUCAGAAAGUUUACUGAAGGAGUAAGAGGAUUUCUCCAGUCAAGAUAUUACUGUGCUCAAUUAGUACUAAAAUUAAAGCAUUAUCUACCACAGAGGUCACAGAAUUGGAAGUUAAAACAGUGACUGAAUACAAAUAAACAAACAGUAAAACAGGCAGAAGAGUUCAUUCUACGAGUGCAGAUAAAUCUCAUAGGAGGAGAAAGCAGUUGUAAGGACGGUGACAGCUGAGAAAGGUGGGGGCAUGAAAACUAACCAGCCAGUGUUAACUGAUUGAUAGACCACAGGUGCCUUGACCUUAUUACCUGUAAGAAAGACAGGGCCGACAGAAGCAAGAUGUCCUUGAAGGGGGGGGCCAAGUCACCUACAAGUAGAUUUACAUAGUAAGUUUGGUCUAGUCACUUAGUGCAGUCUGACAGUAAUGCUGGCAGUAACUCAGUUUUUAAAAAAAAGCCACAUGUAUUAAUUCCAGGUGAUUUAAAACUGAAUAACAAAAAAGUUGAAAACUUUUCAAAGAAAAUAAUUAUAUGUAUUACCUCAGGAAUAGAGAAAGAUUUUUAAAUUUUAUUAUUUUUUUUUGGUUGUGCCGCACCUCUUGGGGGAUCUCAGUUCCCAGACCAGGGACUGAACCCAGGCCACAGCAGUGAAAGUGCCAAAUCCUAACCCCUAGACCAUCAGGGAGCUCCCUAGAGAAAGAUUUUUAAAUGAGACACAGCACAAACCUUAAAAGGUUGAUGAGUCAAAAGUUUCUGUUUGUCCAAAGAUACCACAAAAGAGAGAAAAGUCACAGCCUAGGAAAAGAAACACGUAUCUGACAAAGGAUUAGUAACCAGAAUAAAUAAAGAAUCCCUAUUAGUUAAAAUAGGUAAUUACAAACAAAGGAUAUUAAUAAGCAAUAAACUGACUAAAACCAGUAAAUGCAUAUUUCAACAAUGAGGUACCUUUUUACGUUAUUGUCAUAAACUGGCAAACAAUGGUCUGGCCACACCACGUGUUGGCAAGGAACUUGGACUACUGAUGGUAGAAUUAGCUGGUAAAAUCACUUCUUUGGAAAGCAAUUGCCGCAUGACCUAGUACUAAAUUCCACUAAAGUAUGUUUACUAGAAAACCCCUCACAGGUGCAUAAGGGGUUGUACAGUAGAGUAUCUGUAAUUGAGAAAAAACUGUUAACAACCUAAAUAUCUAACAACAGAGUAAAUUAUAUGCACAGAUGGAUGUAACGGUGAAAGUGAAUAAAAUAGAGCUAUGCAUACCAAUAUGCAUUAUAUAGUGGAAAUAAGGGAAAAAAGGUAAUUGUGUGAUACUGCACACACUUAAAAAUAUACAGAGCAACACUAUGUCUUGUUUAUGGAUGCAUGCAUAUACAAUAAAAUUAUAAAGAGCUAUAUAAGAACGAUAAACACCAAAUUCACAGUAUUCACCUCCUCUGUAAGAAACAGAAUGACUGGGGAAGGGUAGAACAGGGGCCUACAACUGUGCUGAUGAUGUCUUGUUUAUUCAGCUGAAUGUACAUUAGUUAUAAAAUGAACUAAAUAUGCUUUUUCUAACAUG